AUGUCGAAUGCUGCUGGUGCCGCCGCCACCGCCGCUGCUGCUGAGCCUGCGCUUGAGGUGAAGAAGGACUUGAGGCUGCUGCAGACGGGCCGUCCAGUGCAGGGUUACAGCAAUACGCCGGAUCUCUUGGAGAAGCACAAUGCCGCCACAGAGGGGAAGCCGUACUUCCGCUUCCCGCCAGAGCCCAACGGCUUUCUGCACAUUGGCCACGCGAAGAGCAUGAACCUGAACUUUGGCUGCGCCGUGGCGCACAAUGGCAAGUGCUAUUUGCGCUACGACGACACCAACCCCGAGACGGAGGAGCAGGUGUACAUCGACGCCAUUGCAGAGAUGGUGCGGUGGAUGGGGUGGGAACCGGACUGGAUCACCUUUUCCUCCGACUACUUUCAGCAACUCUACGACUUUGCGAUCCAGCUGAUUAAGGACGGCAAGGCGUAUGUUGACCACUGCACGGCCGAUGAGAUCAAGAAGCAGCGCGAGAACCGCGAGGAUAGCCCGUGGCGUAACCGCCCCAUUGAGGAGAGCCUCUUGCACUUCGAGUACAUGCGGCAGGGCCGGUACGCUGAGGGUGAGGCCACGCUGCGGGUAAAGAUUGAUAUGAAGAGCGACAACCCGAAUAUGCGAGACUUCAUUGCGUACCGCGUCAAGUUCUCCGCGCACCCCCACGCUAAGGACAAGUGGUGUGUGUACCCCAGCUACGACUACACGCACUGCCUUAUAGAUAGCCUGGAAAACAUUGACUACAGCCUGUGCACAUUGGAGUUCGAGACGCGGCGAGAGAGUUACUUCUGGUUGCUCGAGCAACUCCACCAAUGGCGACCACAUGUGUGGGAGUUUAGCCGUCUCAACGUUACAGGGUCAUUGCUCUCAAAGCGGAAGAUCAACGUGUUGGUGAAGAAGGGAAUCGUCCGCGGCUUUGACGACCCACGCUUGUUGACGCUGGCAGGUAUGCGGCGGCGUGGCUACACCCCACAGGCCAUUAACCGUUUCUGUGACUUGGUGGGUAUUACGCGGUCGAUGAAUGUUAUUCAGAUCUCCAUGCUCGAGCAUGUCCUCCGCGAAGACCUUGAUGAGCGCACCGAACGUCGUCUCAUGAUUGUGGACCCCAUUAAAGUCGUCAUUGACAACUGGGACGGCGAAAAGGAGAUCGAGUGUCCAAAUCACCCACGUAAGCCAGAGCUGGGGUCACGCAAGGUCUUGUUUACCAAAACGUUCUACAUUGACCGCAGCGACUUUCACACGGAGGAUAACAACAGCAAGUUCUACGGUCUGGCGCCGGGACCCCGUGCGGUUGGUCUGAAGUACAGCGGCAACAUAGUCUGCCGCAGCUACGAGUGCGACGAGACAGGACGCCCAUCACUCAUUCACGUCGAGGUAGACUUUGAUCGCACAACUAAGCCCAAGACGAACAUCAGCUGGGUCAGUGCGGUCACCGUGAUUCCGGUGGAGUUCCGCCUGUACGGUUGUCUCCUCAAGGAUGAGCGCGCCGCCAUCGACCCAGAGUUCCUGAAGUACAUCGACGCCGACAGUGAACACAUUCAGCAGGGCUACGCGGAGCCCGCCGUCGCAAACGCAACCGUAUUCGAGUCAGUGCAGGCGGAGCGCUUUGGCUACUUUGUCAUCGACCCCGACACGCGUGCUGGCCACGUCGUGAUGAACAGAGUGCUAACGCUAAAGGAGGACAAGGAGAAGAGCAGCACCAACGGUCGCGGCGGCACCGCUGCUGUCGGUGCAAAAAAGUAG